GUUUAAUUUGUUCUUUGUUUUGUUUCUUUUCUUUCCACUUAACCUUCCUCUUCUUUCCUGUGGAGCUGUAUUAGAAUUUUUGCCUUUUCUUCAUUCUUUCCUAACCAUAGAACGUAAUGCAUGAUCUUGACAGACAAUUGGAGCAACUGAGACGAGGAGAAAUCAUUACAGAGCAGGAAGUUAAAGAAUUAUGUGCGAAAGCGAGAGAAAUUCUGAUUGAGGAAAGCAAUGUACAACGAGUCGAUGCCCCAGUGACUAUCUGUGGUGAUAUUCACGGCCAAUUCCACGAUUUGAAGGAGCUGUUUCGUGUAGGAGGAGAAUGUCCUGAAACAAACUAUUUAUUUAUGGGCGAUUUUGUCGACCGUGGAUAUUAUUCAGUGGAAACAUUUCUUUUAUUAUUGGCUUUGAAAGUUCGGUACCCAGAUAGAAUCACACUUAUUAGAGGCAAUCAUGAGAGUAGACAAAUUACACAAGUAUAUGGAUUCUAUGAUGAAUGCACACGGAAAUAUGGCUCUGCCAAUGUAUGGAGAUAUUGCUGCGAAAUUUUUGAUUUUUUAAGUCUGAGUGCCAUUGUUGAUGAUAAAGUAUUUUGUGUUCAUGGAGGUCUUUCACCGAGUAUCAACACAUUGGACCAGAUUCGAACAAUUGAUAGAAAGCAGGAAGUACCGCAUGAUGGUGCUAUGUGUGAUUUACUCUGGUCUGACCCCGAAGGUAAGACUUCGGCAUUACAAAAGAGACUUCUGAUGUCAAACUCACGUAUGUCUUUUACAGAAAUCGACGGUUGGGGCUAUAGCCCCAGAGGUGCUGGAUACCUGUUUGGCGGAGAUGUUGUUGAAGGAGUAAGUACAAUGGAAAGUUCGUUGACAAUUACAGACCGACAUUCUUAUUCCCCUUCUUCAAAUGUACAGUUUAUACAUACGAACGGCCUCGACUUUAUUGCACGUGCACACCAGCUCGUGAUGGAAGGAUAUAAACCAAUGUUCCACGAUAUGAUAGUUACAGUUUGGUCAGCACCAAAUUAUUGCUACAGAUGUGGGAAUGUCGCUGCUAUAUUAGAGUUAGAUGACUAUUUAACUAAGCAGUAUAAAUUAUUCGAAGCAGCACCUCAAGAUAUCCGCGCAAUGCCUCAGAAAAAGUCUUUACCUGAUUAUUUCUUGUAAUUAAUCUUCAGUUUCCUUACAUGCAUAUUUCUUUUUGAAGAUCUUUGAAACCAUCUUAUACAUAUAAUUGUUCGAUUUAUUUGUUCAAUAUACUGAUCCAGUCUUUUGUCUUUAUUCCUUUAUUUUAUUAUUGUUACACAUUGUAUAUAAAAGAAUUACUUUGAAAUAAUUACCUCAUACCUACAUAAUUAUUGUUUUGCCUUUGAUUUAACACAUGAUUCACUAAGCAAUUGACAUCUUAGCUCCAUUCGAUUAUCCCAUUCCUUAUCUUCCUGAUUCUGUAUAUAGUAGUUCUUGAUAUUCCGUAUCCAAAUAGUUAUCGCAUUUCCAUUGUCCUCUUCAUUUACUGUUAGACGCGUUGUAACAGCAAUCUCAUACAUCGCAUAGGGUAUUGCCCAUUGUUGGUGUUUAUCAUAAUCUGUUAUAG